GGAGUCAAAGCUUAUCUCUUUUCUGCUUUUGACCGGCACUCCUCCAUCCCCUUUCCCAUUUCUCUCGCUCGGUUCCCCCUCCAUCGGCCCGUCUAUUCUUCAUUUUUUUCGGUUCUUCAUGUGCCCGAUCAAAGACCGAGCCAUCCCUCUCGAAUUCUCCUCCAUUGCUGUUUGUUUUUGUUACACCGAAACAACUCGUUGAAGCCACAAAUCCAGCCCUUCUCUCCGCGCGAAAUCAGCCGCGCAAAACAGCCAACAGCCAAGGGAAAACCAGCAGCAUUGUGGGCUUUGCAGGCAAGUUUCGGGCCCGAUUUGUGCUCUGUUGGUGUCGCCGCUUUGAGAAGAAUCGAGCCUCGUCGCGUCCCCGUCAAAUUGAUCCAAACGGAUCGUUAAUCCGGCUCCACAGCCACCUCCCUCUGAUAGUAUACGGAAGCUUCAUUUGCAUCAAGAACCAGUUGUGCAGAGAGGGAGAGAGCGAGAGAGAUCGAUGGCGAGUGAUAAAGGCACGGUGUGCGUUACUGGUGGUGAUGGCUUCAUAGCUUCAUGGAUGAUCAUGAGGCUCCUUGAACGCGGUUACUCAGUCCGGACAACUGUCAUACCCGAACUGGGCAGCAGACACAUCAACUUCUUGACAAAUCUACCGGGAGCAUCAGAAAGGCUCCGAAUCUUCACCGCCGACCUUGGUGAACCCCAAAGUUUCGGCCCAGCCAUUGAAGGCUGUGUCGGAGUCUUCCUUGUCGCCACCCCAGUGGACUUUGAGGACAGAGAGCCAGAGCCAGUCGUCACCAAAAGAUCCAUCGACGGAGCGUUAGCCAUCCUGAGGGCCUGCCUGAACUCCAAGACUCUGAAGCGGGUCGUGUACACUGCGAGUGCAUCUGCUGUUCAACUCAACAACUCCAAUGCCAAUAUACUGGAUGAGGACUCAUGGAGCGACGUCAACUCCAUCAGAGAAAUCACGACAUUUGGAGCUUCAUAUGCAAUCUCGAAGACAUUGACUGAGAAGGCAGUUCUCGAGUUCGGAGAGAAGCAUGGAUUAGAAGUGGUGACAGUGGUUCUCUCAUUGGUCCAUGGACCCUUCAUUUGUCCCAAGUUUGCCGCAUCCGUCCGGACUACGCUGGCUUUGGUAUUAGGGAAUGAGAAUGAGUACAAUGUUCUUCUCAAAGUAUCUCUCGUGCAUGUGGACGAUGUGGCGAGAGCACACAUCUUCCUCUUCGAGCACCCCGACGCCAAGGGGCGGUACAUAUGUUCCUCGGCCACAAUGACCAUCGAAGAGAUGUCCAAGUUUCUCUCGGAAAGAUACCCGGAGUUUCAGAUACCCUCACCGGAGUCCUUGAAGGAAGUGAAAGGCCCCAGGCUCGCCAGCCUUUCGUCGAGGAAGCUGUUGAACGCCGGUUUCGAGUAUAAGUACGGAGUCGAGGACAUGUUCGACGGAGCCAUCCAGUGCUGCAAAGAAAAGGGCUUUCUCUAGAUCAAUCUCUAUUCCAUGCAUAUGAUAGAACUUAGUACCUCAAGCCGAACAUUGUAAUGUUCAAAGUAAUAAGCUGGCGUCAUGCCAUACAGUAUGAACUAUUUCUAUUCUGAUCUGUCUUAGGUUCAUAUCAUAUAGUCCUCCAAGAAAAAUGCAGACGAAAACAGAGAAACAUGUCAGGGAAAAGCGUAUCAUGUAUCUAGCACGGCUCAUGAGAACCAAUUUGUCCGAUGGCUUUGUGCAAGAUGUCAAACCACGCGAAUAAUCUUGGUACUGCUUGUUUCUGUCAUUUUGCAUUUG